AUGAGUCGACAAUACGAAGACCACACUGCCGAUUCGAAAUCCUCAAGUAACCUCUCCCUCAACUCAUUACCCAACAUGUCUUCUCCAGCACCAUUAUUACGUCCCCCGAUCCCUGGUGGUCGACAGAAUGGCGGCGCGAGAGUUCCUAGGUUGGGCCUGGCUAUACCACCUUCUCCAAAUGCUAAACCAGUCAAUGCUCUUGCGAAGAAAGGCCUUACAUUGCAAAUGCCUGGGUCGAUGCCUGCACGACCUUCAUUACCUCGAUUACAAUUAGCCACACCUAUGGGAAGUAAUGCUACACCAUAUGAACAAACUGGAAGGGGUGCAGUUGCUCCAGGGCAAUCUGCAAGUGGAGGAAGUGAAAGUAGUGCAGCACAUUCGAGAUCUGGAAGCUUUGGGCCCAUGGAUGGAAAGGGGAGUGGACCAACAUCUGCAGGAUCACAAUAUUCUGCAUUCUCUCUAGCAUCACAAUAUGGAUUGAACAAGCCGCAAGGUACACCAGACCCCUCAUCAGCCGUGGGGUCAUUAUACUCGGAAAGGAGCGAUGGAGGUGUUGGUAUGGAACGGGAUAGUAGCAUGAAUGGGCUUGAGGCAUUUGAUAAACUGAGUUUAGAGAGGGGAAGAACGUUAGAUGUCGAAGAUUUAGAUGAUGAUGGAUGGCGGAUAGCCAGUAUGGAGAAGAGGAUCGAGGAGCUUGGGAGUUUAGGGGAGGGAGCAGGAGGUGCAGUAACUCGAUGUAUGCUGAAAAGUGGCAAGACUGUCUUUGCAUUGAAGAUCAUUACCACCAAUCCCGAUCCUGAUGUCAAGAAACAAAUUGUCCGUGAAUUAGGCUUCAACAAAGGCUGUGCCAACGAACACAUCUGCCGCUACUACGGAGCUUUUGUCGAAACAUCAACGGCUACCAUUUCCAUUGCCAUGGAAUUUUGUGAAGGUGGUUCUCUCGACUCAAUCUAUCGCGAAGUAAAGAAACUUGGUGGUCGUACUGGUGAGAAGGUCCUCGGAAAGGUCGCCGAAGGUGUUUUGAACGGUUUGACCUACCUCCAUGGGAAGAAGAUCAUCCACCGAGACAUCAAACCUUCCAAUAUUCUCCUAUGUCGCGAUGGUCAAGUCAAGCUAUGUGAUUUUGGUGUAAGUGGUGAAUUUGGUACAAAGGGUGACGCAAACACCUUUAUCGGAACAUCUUACUACAUGGCGCCUGAACGUAUAACUGGUCAAUCAUAUACAAUCACUUCCGAUGUCUGGUCGACUGGUGUCACCCUUCUCGAAGUAGCACAGCAUCGCUUUCCAUUCCCAGCAGAUGGGUCAGAAAUGCAACCUCGAGCUGGAUUGAUCGAUCUUCUAACAUAUAUUGUUCGACAACCUAUUCCAAAACUGAAGGAUGAACCUGAUGCUGGAAUCAAAUGGAGUGACAGUUUCAAAUACUUCAUCGAGUGCUGUCUCGAAAAAGACCCUGCUCGUCGUGCCUCCCCUUGGCGAAUGCUAGAGCAUCCAUGGAUGGUCGAAAUGCGCGGCAAACGCGUGAAUAUGGCACACUUCUUGGCUACUGUAUGGGGGUGGUAG